UUCUUCAUGAACCCCUUUUUGUCACUCUUUAGUAUCUCUUUCAGUAGUCGAGUUAGAAUUUAACAUCUACUGCAUACACAUAAGUUUUUUCGGCGAACUCUUUCAGUAGUCGAGUUAGAAUUACAUCUACUAUAUACACAUAAGUUUUUUCAGCGAAAAGAUUUGUUUCAUGAACCCCCUUUGGUCACUUUUUAGUAUCUCUUUCGGUAGUCGAGUCAGAAUUUAACAUCUACCACUUAUGGAGAGCACUCCACCAUUUUUAUCAAAUCUUGAUUGUGACUUAUCAAGUGGAUAUCUACAAGAUGCAUUAUUCAAAUUCAACUCAAAAAGAAGACGUUUAUUAUUAUUUGAUGAUGAUGAUGAAGAGAAGGAGAAUUAUCAAAUUAAUGAUUCAAAUAAUUCCAUUAAGAAUUUGUGGAGUUCCACAAUGGACCAACAAUUUUCUGAGGAUUAUGAUUGUUUUAGCCAAAUAACCAAGUGUGAUAGCUUUUCUGGUGAUCCCAUGAGCAAAAUGAGUGAAGAAUAUUCAAAGGAGGAAGCAAUAUCAGAAAAUUAUUAUUAUUAUUCAUCUUCACCAACAUCAUCAUCUCAUCAUAAUAAUAUUAAUCAAAAACAAUUACCCCAACAAUAUGGAGGAGUUGAUCAAAAGAGAAGCAAGAAAAGGAUGGUUGGAAAAAUUGUGUGUCCAUUUGGGCUAGUUAAGCCAGGAGGGCAAGAAGGUGAUGUGACAUUAAAUGACAUCAAUGAGAGGAUUUUGAUGAGGCCAACCCGGCCCGUUAGGCAUCCGGUCGGGGACUUUGCAUGUCGCCCGACCGUAUCACCAGCCGGACCAGGGUUGUCCGGUAAGAAAGUAGUCGCGCUCACUAAAAUUCAUACUCAAGGGAGAGGGACAAUCACGAUUAUAAGGACUCGAGGGUGAUCGAUCGAGCACAAGAGAUCGAUAUAUAAUACAGGGCGUACCUAGCUAGGGUUUGGGUUUUAGUUCCUUAUUUUGUUAAAUUUUCAACCUAGGAUCGAAAUAGGAAGGUGGAAUUAAAGAAGAAUAUGUAAUUUUAUAUUUUAUAUUUUGUUCGUUUAAAUGAUAAAUAGGCUCGUAAAUAGAGGGGUGGGGGUAAAGGUGGUCAAUAUAUCUUUGAUAACUCUGACCUGGUCCCUCCAGACGAAGUGACCUCGUCUCGCUCUUAUGACAUGCUAUGUAUGAAAUGUAUAGAUAUAUUGGAGGUAAGUGGAUGUACAAAUUUUAUGUUUGUUGCUGAAAAUUACUUAAAUGAAAUAUAUUUUGUUUUUUAAA